UUUUUCUUAAACAAUUCUCAUCCUUUUUUUUGUUACUAAUCCUUUUACUUUUUUUGUAAAUAAUUGUAGUUGUGUUUUUCUUUUUUUUUCAUAAACAGUCCUAGUAUUUUUUGUAUUACUACUCAUUUUAAAUAAUCCUAGUCCUUUUUUUGUAAAUGACCCUAGUUUUUUUGUAAUUAAUCUUAGUCUUUUUUUGUAAAUAAUCCUAGGGGGGGUUUUGUAAAUAAUUUGUUAUUUUGAAUUUUAUUUUAUUUUAUUUUAUCUCUUUUUUUUGGUGAAUACUACUAAUCCUUCUUUUUUUUUAACUAAUCCUACUCUCUUUUUUUUUUGGUAAAUAAUCCUGGUUUCUUUUUUGUAAAUAAUCCUACCGCUUUAUUUCCUCUCUGUGAGAGACAAAAGUUUCGUUGGAGCUGAAGAAUCCUGCUGCCAGCUCACCGUGAAAAGGAUGUGCCUUUUAAAUAUUUACUUACGGAAAACGAUGGUUAUCGUUAAGGUUGCUAGACAACUUGUGAAGCCAGUAGAGCCAGUCUGUUUAAAUAGCCACUGGGUAAAUAUUUUAUCUGUGAAUGAACACAUGGAUCAUACACCAGGUUAUAUUUUAAGUUGGAGGCUGUGCUGGAGGAACGUGUCAGCUCUUGAGACAACUUGUUUAUUUUAGCUUCUGAAGGAAACGUGUUUGCGCGCAAAAAAUGACCGGAAAAGUGAGCGCAUGAUUUGAGCUACUACCUCUGGCAGUCUGUGGGAUUGCCCUGUGUUUUUUUUCUGCGGAAUCUAAAUAUACGUCGGUGACAAAUAGUCCAAAUACAGUAGCAACCCAACUGUGAUGUGGGGGUGGUGCUGAGAGAACAGCUCCGUCUCCAAAAGUCCCCCUCUGUUGGAUCCGGAGUCCGUCAGGAGAAGGUCGCACGGAGAGUCUCAGCUCCACUACCUGCUGCUUUUUCUUUUUUCUGUCUUUAUUACCAUGAAGAGACAAAACGCCAGGACUCUCGCCCUCAUCAUCAGCAUCCUCACCUACCUGGUGGUCGGAGCGGCCGUCUUCGAGACUCUGGAGUCGAAGCAGGAGAAAAGCCACAAGAGGAAGCUCGACGCCAGAAAGUACGAACUCAUGCGCAAAUACAACUUAACCAAAGAGAACUUCGAGGAGCUGGAGCACGUCGUCCUGCAGCUCAAACCUCACAAAGCAGGAGUGCAGUGGAAAUUUGCUGGGUCCUUUUACUUCGCCAUCACUGUGAUUACGACUAUAGGUUACGGCCAUGCGGCGCCCAGCACCGACUCAGGGAAAGUGUUCUGCAUGUUCUACGCCCUCCUGGGGAUCCCGCUCACUCUGGUCAUGUUCCAGAGCCUGGGAGAGCGGAUCAACACGUUCGUCAGGUACCUGCUGCACCAAGCCAAGAAGUGCCUGGGGAUGCGUCACACCGAGGUCUCCAUGGCAAACAUGGUGACUGUGGGCUUCUUCUCCUGCAUGAGCACCCUGUGCGUGGGGGCCGUGGCGUUCUCCCACUGCGAGGGAUGGAGCUUCCUCCACGCCUUUUACUACUGCUUCAUCACGCUCACCACCAUCGGGUUCGGAGACUACGUGGCCCUGCAGAGGGACGACGCCCUGCAGAACGACCCUCGCUACGUCGCUUUCUGCUUCGUCUACAUCCUCAUGGGCCUGACGGUGAUCGGAGCGUUCCUGAACCUGGUGGUGCUUCGCUUCCUGACCAUGAACACGGAGGACGAGCGUCGGGACGCCAAGCAGAGGGCCCUGAUGUCCGUCGGCAAGCCAAGAGGAGAGGUGGCUCACCUUCUGCCUAUCUCUGCCUCAGCCUCUUCCACACCUGUAGUAGACGAGUCCAUGAAGGCGAAAGAUUUAAAAGGUGUCUACACCGAGGUGCUACAUUUCCAGACUAUAUGCUCCUGCUUGUGGUACAGGAGCAAAGAGAAGCUGCAGAGCUCCACCAUGAUCCCUCAGGAGCUGACGUUCUCCGAUGCCUACAUGCAGCAGAACAGUAACUGUCCUCACUACAUGGAGCCUGGAUCAACAGGAUGCGUUUGCAGUCCACGUCAGUGUUCGAGUAUAAGCUCCAUAACAACGGGCCUACACAUCCUCUCCCCGUUCAGGGUGUUUAAGAGACGCAGCUCCGUCUAGCCUUUUUAAAUACAGCAGAUGUUAGUUCUGCACAAUGCGUCCAUACUGCCAAACGGAGAACAACACCCUUUGCAGUCCCUCACAGCAGAAAACAAGACUGCGAGUAGAUGUUUGUGGUGCUAUAAUCCCAGCAAACAGUAGGACACAUGAAAGGGGAAAGCACUUGCAGUACUGUAAACAGCAAAGUCUUGCUCAAAUAUGUGCUUGAGAAGGCACCACACGGACUUGAAGUCUCAUACAGGGGCGCCCUGUUUGCUUUGAUAGAAAGUGUAGGAGGUCAUCCAGGUCGCUACAUGCAAACACACUGCAGUGCAGGAGGUGCACAGUGUACACAGCACAGCGGCAGAACAGGUGUUGCACGAGGUUCGAGUCAGUUGAGCAACAGCGUGAUAAAACAGCUACAUAAAAUAACUGACAGCUCUGCAGUACAUUCCACUUAACUGUAUUUGAUCAUAAUCUCAGAGGUGGUGAUUCAACUCAGGGGUUAUUUCUUAAAGUUGUAGUGUUUUAAGGCAUUUCCCUUCAUUGUAUUUGUCACUGAUGCAGCACCAAUUUACACGACAACACUCUGGUUUCAUAUAAGUUGCCUCGUGUUGCCCUAAAAAUGUACUCAAACAAAUCGUGAUUGUCAGAGCUGUAUUGCUGACACACACGGAUAACUCAAUGUGACUCAUCUGCUGUGGAGCUGCCUCUGUUAUUGUGAUUUUUUCAGUCAGAGCUCUCUGCCCAAAUGUGCUGGUGCAUCAGUCACAAACGCUGCUGCAUUAUGUAACGUCACAAGUGGAAAAGUUCAAAAAGUCACGAUGACAUAUCUCCAGCACAGUGAAACUGCAUUAACUCUGACUGGAACACCCUUUACUUUGUUUGAAAACGCUUU